AUGUCUGAGCCCAAGCGCCAGAAGUCAUCCAAGGAUGUUCCCUACGAGUUGAUCUACUGGCCUGGUAUUCCUGGUCGGGGAGAACAUGUUCGACUUGUCCUGGAGGAGGCUGGUGCAACAUAUACGGACACUGCACACAUCGAAAACGGUGUCAAAUCCGUCACAGCACAGAUCGACGACAAGAAUGUGGGCGAUAAUGAGAACCCGCCUCCUUUGGCCCCGCCAAUUCUCAGGCACGGGGACCUGACAAUAUCACAAACACCAAACAUACUUCUCUACCUUGGAGCUCGCCUCAAUCUGGUGCCCGAUCCGGAAGAUGACGCCGACGGGCUUUACAAAGUGAAUCAACUGGCAUUGACUGCUUUGGACGGACUAUCCAAUGAACCCCAUGACUGUCACCAUCCUGUGGCGACCGGCCUUUACUACGAGGAUCAGAAGGAUGAAAGUCUCCGCAAGAGCAAAGACUACGUCAAGAAUCGAUUGCCCAAGUUCCUAGGCUACUUUGAGAGGGUUAUCACCGGAAAAGCAAGUGGCGAUGGCCCAUGGCUUCAUGGUGGAAACCUAUCCUACGCUGAUCUAGUCUUAUUUCAGUGUCUUGAUGGAGUCAAAUUCGCAUUUCCAAAGGCCAUGGAAUCGGCCCAAAAUAGCGGAAAAUACGACAACGUGUUCAGAUUGUACGAGGCCGUGAAGGACAGACCCCGUAUUAAGGAAUACUUGAACAGUGACCGCCGCCAAAAGUACUCAUUGGGCAUCUACAGGUACUACCCAGAGCUCGAUGUCAUUGAGUAG